GGCUGCACUGUUCAGUGUUGUGGUGGGAUCUGAUAGCAUUUGGUUGCUGUAUUUUGUGGCAGUAACAGUUAUUUCGUGUCCUGUUCUUUUUGUGGAUGAAACGAUUAGAUCCCUUCAAAUGUUGUUUGGAAAAUUGUUACGGGUGAAGUAUUAGUUGUUAGGGAGCAAACUGAAGCAGCACGGGACGUGGCCCUUAACGAGUAUCCGAACGAACCCAAGCUAAUGACAAAUGCGAGGACAUACAUAACAAAGGAGAUCUAAUGGAAACAAGACUGUAUUCGGAGAAGUGCAUGAGUCUGCAGUAAUGCUGAGAAAGUCAAUUGUGGAAUAUUCCCUUAGGAAGCUGAGUUCAUAGAAGCACAGCAUAUAUGACGACGAGUCUUUAUGGGUUCGUUUUUAGAGGGUACGUCUGGGCUGAAACAAAACCUGGUGGCAGAGGGUAUAGAAUGAGUCUGUAAGGGGCAUUCACCUUUACGCACACUACACGCAGAAGGCUUGGAGGAAAAACACUGUUACUGGAAUGUGUCAUUUGAAGAGUGAGACCAUCCCUGUCAUGAUGACAGAAUUAAGACAAUGUGGAACAUCGUACAUUGAGAUUAAAGACAUCUCAGAAUCGUUGACGUUUGGAGCAUAAAUACUUCAUACUGUGUAAUAUAUUUAAAUACAGGCACACCCACGCUUCGUGUCUUCACUAUAGCAACAAAAAACAUAUGUAGUUUAGAGUACAGCGCUGGGAACUCUUAAACUCGAGACAAGUAUUGCUGCCUGAAUACUAACAGCACUGUUUGACAACAACCUGGCCUCCAACCCAGCAAUGUGAUGGAGGGACUUAAUAUUUUUUAAUGAGAUAAAAUUUGAAAUGCUUUUGUAUAUGCGUACAUGCCGUGCAGUGUCUAUGAAAACAUCAGCACAGAUUGAACACUAUGCAAAUUUUAGGUUUUUGCUUUGUACAGAAUGAGAACACCUAGCACUGCCUUUGGACAAUUGCGUAACAAAGUAGGUGUACAUUAAAAGCCCAGUGAAAAUGUUGUAAGACAGAUGUAUAUGGACCAUUGCUUUUGUCUAUUGACAAGUGUGUGCCAUUAAAGAUUUAAAGUUGUUUGAAUAACUGUUUAUGGAUUCCCCUAUAUUGGAAUAUCCUUUUACAGUGUGGUGUGCAUAGCGACAAAAAAUGCAUUUAUGUUCAAGUUAACAAGGAGACACAGGUGGGGUUUCCGUGCUUAGCAUUCAACUACAGCCAGAAGAGGAAUUGACCUACAUGGUUUAAUAAAGAAGAGGGAGAGAGAUUCACAGACCAGUGACAUAGAAUAGCAUAAGAAAAUGUGACGUGAAAUGGCGAACCUUGACAAAUAUCGAGAAUACCAUCGGCUGGAUGAUGAUGAGGAGGACUCCAUGCCAGCUGGGGAAGAUGAUAUGUUGGUGCAUGUACCUGAAGGCUUAAAAGAUUCUUGGCACCAUAUAACAAACCUGGAUAACUUCUUCACAAGAAUAUUCCACCUCCACUCAAGGUAUGGGUUCUCCUGCCUAUUGAUCUCAGAAGUGUUUGAUCUGCUGCAAUUCUUAUUUGUGGUGAUUUUUACGACGUUCCUAUUCACGUGUGUGGAUUAUGAUGUCCUCUUUGCAAACACAUAUGUAAACCACACUAAUGUUGUCUCUGUUGAGAGGAACAAAGUGACGCUUCCUGAUGCUAUCUUUCCUAGAGAUCAGUGCCGCCAAAGAAUUCAGGAGAAUGGCUGGAUCAUCUUCCUGCUUGUUAUGGCUGCCAUCUUCUGGCUUUACCGUCUAGUUAAAGUAAUCUGCAACAUGCUCAGCUACUGGGAGAUACGAACAUUUUACAACAAAGCACUGAAGAUCCCCACGGUUGAAUUGUGCAAUUUUACAUGGCAAGAAGUGCAGCAAAGAUUGAUCUCCAUCCAGCGAGAGCAUCAGAUGUGCGUUCAUAAGAAGGAACUGACAGAGCUUGACAUAUAUCACCGUAUCUUGCGCUUCAAGAAUUACAUGGUGGCAAUGGUCAACAAGUCCCUGCUGCCUAUCCGUUUUCAUCUGCCUGGAUGGGGAGAAGUGAUUUUCCUAACUCAGGGCUUAAAGUACAACUUUGAGCUGAUAUUAUUUUGGGGCCCAGGGUCCCUUUUUCAGAACAAAUGGAACUUGCAUCCCAAGUACAAGCGAGCUGGGAAUCGGUUAGAACUGGCACAACAUUUGAGCCGUACUAUCUGCCUCAUUGGACUUGCCAAUCUCUUGCUCUGUCCCCUGAUACUUGUUUGGCAGAUUCUGUAUGCUUUUUUCAGCUAUGCUGAGAUUAUUAAGCGAGAGCCAGGAAGUUUGGGGGCCAGGCGCUGGUCACUUUUUGGACGACUCUACCUGAGGCACUUUAAUGAACUAGAGCAUGAGUUACAAAUGCGUCUCAGCAGGGGUUACAAACCAGCCUCCAAGUAUAUGAACUCUUUUAUUUCACCACUUUUAACAGUGGCAGCCAAGAACAUAGCCUUCUUUUCGGGAUCUAUACUUGCCGUCCUUAUAACCCUGACAGUGUACGAUGAAGAUGUCCUGACAGUUCAGCAUAUCUUGACAGCAAUUACCAUUUUGGGCAUUGUUAUCACUAUUUCCAGGACCUUUAUUCCUGACGAACACAUGGUUUGGAAUCCUGAACAGCUGCUGCAGUGUGUACUCGCUCAUAUUCAUUAUAUGCCUGAUCACUGGAAGGGGAACGCUAAUGCAUCAGAGACCAGGAAUGAGUUGGCAGAACUUUUCCAGUACAAAGCGGUCUUUAUCUUGGAGGAAUUGCUUAGUCCAGUUAUCACUCCCUUUAUUUUAAUUUUCUGUCUACGCCACAAAUCCCUAGAAAUUAUCGAUUUCUUCCGGAACUUUUCUGUGGAGGUAGUAGGAGUUGGUGACAUUUGUUCUUUUGCACAGAUGGAUGUUCGAAAGCAUGGACAUCCUCAGUGGUUCUCAGAGGGGCAGACAGAAGCUUCAGUAUAUCAGCAGGCUGAGAAUGGAAAGACAGAACUGUCUCUCAUGCAUUUUGCCAUCACUAAUCCUCAGUGGCAGCCACCCCAGGAGAGUUCGGUCUUCAUUGGCCACUUAAAAGAGAAGGUACAGCAGGAUGCCACAAAUGCUCCUUCUGCACAGCUUAUCCUGUCGGAAGCACCGCUGGCUGCCUCACUGCUGUCGAAUGCAUCCUCUGCUGCGCCUGAUGAUUUGCUUUCAAGUGUACUUGUCCAUCCCAUUCUUACUGCUUCAGGCCUGCCAACUAGAGAUCGUUACUUUAUGCAACCAUCCAGUACAGCCAAUGUAGCUGCAAGCAUACUGGCUUCAUUCUCUAACUCUCAGUUAUCCAGCCGGACCAAGUCACACACUGGCCACCCAAACCGCUGUCCUGAGAAUGUACCCUAUCGUACUGACCACAGCAUUAUUGAUGACAGGUGGACUGGUCCAAAGAGUCUUUUCAGCUAUGAUCCAAGUGCAAGCAUGUCACCGAGUGACUCGAGACAUCACAGUGCAUCUCAUUCUAACCUUCUUUCAGAAUACGCUAACACUGAAAUGAGCCUGCAUGCCAUCUAUAUGCAUGAGAAGCAUCAGCAGCAAAGUCAGUUGCCACAAGCUGUGGGAAUGUGGCAAACUGCAUCAGCAGUCAGAGAACAUCAUAUGCAGUCGGGGUCUUCCCUCAGUCCUGAUCAGCCACCUGAGUCACUGCCUGGACCGUCGCAGUUACCCCUUGGAGGAUGGGCAGAAUCAGAAGAAGAACAGACGCAGUCUGCCAGAAAAUCAUCCAUACCUCGAUAAAGGAAGGCAUAAAAUUGCAGUGCCUUGAAGCAUUGUUGAAAGACUUCAAGACUCUGAAGACCAUUGGUGUGCUUUUUAAAGUCUAAGUUUGGCAUCUAACAGAAACUUGAAUAAGGAAGACUUUUCUGGUUAAUCUACUACGCAGCUGUCAAACAUUUCACAGGAGUAUGUCUUCCACUGGUGUGAACUAAGCAGUUCCUGUACUGUCAUCUUUUUUUGUUUUUGGAACUCAAGACUAUUUCAUUCUUUAGUUUUGGAACUACUGACAUUAUAGAUUACUUGGUUUGUGUUUGCUGUAUGCCAAGUUGAUAAAUUGUUUACGUUUUUGGUUGAAGGAGAAGGUUCACGUGACCUAAAAGACUGAAUUCAUCAAAUUUAGCCAUUGAUGUUGUUUUCCUUCUUUCCUGAAACAAAGUCUUGUUUAAAGUGAAUAAUAUAUUAAGCUACAUGGAACUAAGUUGCAACAAAUGAAAUAAAGACCUACAGAAUGAAGCCUUUGUGGAAUAUAACAGAAUGUAUAAGUCAAGAGAUAUUAUGCUCAAAAAUAGUUUGGAAUUCAUUGUAUUAAAUUAGCAGUAUUGAAGAUUUUUUCUCUGGGCCUCCACUGAAAAUGGGCUACUACCCAGUCACUCUUUCCUGGUAAUCAAAUAUCAGUAAAUAUGUAAGUAAAUAAAAAGAUUCAUUGUCUCCACUUUUGAACUUCAGAAACUACUACCUGGUUUCUAACAAGCCUGUUACAACUGCCAUUUAGAGAGCAAUUACAUGCAUACACUAGUUUAACUUAACUUAAAUAGCAUGCAUUGGAAUGAGUGAAAAUGUAUCAUGUCUUCACAGAUAUCCCAGUGCUUUCAUUGUGAAUGUAAUAAAGAUGGCGAUGAAACCUC